GGGUGCUGCGGCCGCGGCGCCAGGGUGACCGGUGGCGCCGUAGCCGAGGUGGCGGCGCGGGGCGGGGCAGGCGGAAAGAGGAGGAAAGAGGUGGUGGUGCAGGAUGGCGGCGACGUGCAGGAUGGCGGCGACAACCUACGAGCGGCUGAAUCUGCACAUCACACCCGAAAAAUUCUACGUGGAGGCCUGUGACGACGGGGCGGAUGACGUGCUCAUCAUCGACCGCGUGUCCACGGAGGUCACCCUCGCAGUCAAGAAAGACAUUCCUCCUUCAGCUGUCACGAGACCGAUAUUUGGCAUACUGGGCACGAUCCACCUGGUGGCAGGAAAUUAUCUGAUUGUCAUUACCAAAAAGAUAAAAGUAGGUGACUUUUUCAAUCAUGUAAUCUGGAAAGCAACAGAUUUUGAUAUUCUUUCUUACAAGAAGACCAUGUUGCACUUAACUGAUAUUCAGUUACAAGAUAAUAAGACCUUCCUAGCAAUGAUAAACCACGUCUUGAAUGUGGAUGGCUUUUACUUCUCCACCACGUACGAUCUGACCCACACUUUGCAGCGGCUGUCAAACACUAGUCCGGAAUUUCAGGAAAUGAGUCUCUUGGAAAGGGCGGAUCAGCGGUUUGUGUGGAAUGGUCACCUUCUGAGAGAACUCUCUGCGCAGCCAGAGGUUCACCGGUUUGCCCUUCCAGUGCUGCAUGGCUUUAUUACAAUGCACUCGUGUUCUGUUAACGGCAAACACUUCGACUGGAUUCUCAUCUCGAGGAGGAGCUGUUUCCGAGCCGGCGUGCGCUACUAUGUCCGAGGGAUUGAUUCUGAGGGCCACGCAGCCAACUUUGUGGAAACGGAACAGAUCGUGCACUACGGUGGAAGCAAAGCCUCGUUCGUGCAGACGCGAGGAUCGAUACCAGUUUUCUGGUCCCAGAGACCCAACCUCAAGUACAAACCGCAGCCACAGAUCAACAAAGUAGCAAAUCAUAUGGAUGGUUUCCAGAGGCAUUUUGACUCGCAGUUAAUUAUUUAUGGAAAACAAGUCAUAGUCAACCUGGUGAACCAGAAGGGGUCAGAGAAGCCGCUUGAACAAGCGUUCGCAACCAUGGUGUCCUCCUUGGGAAAUGGAAUGAUCAGGUACGUCGCCUUUGACUUCCACAAGGAAUGCAAGAACAUGCGGUGGGACCGACUGAGCCUUCUGCUGGAGCAGGUAGCAGACAUGCAGGACGAGCUGAGUUAUUUUCUAGUGGACUCGACCGGCAAGGUGGUGGCGACCCAGGAGGGCGUGUUCCGCAGCAACUGCAUGGACUGCCUGGACCGCACCAACGUGAUCCAGAGCCUGCUGGCGCGGCGCUCGCUGCAGGCCCAGCUGCAGAGGCUGGGCGUUCUGCACGUGGGACAGAAGCUUGAAGAACAAGACGAAUUUGAGAAGAUUUACAAAAAUGCCUGGGCCGACAACGCGAACGCUUGCGCCAAGCAGUACGCAGGGACCGGCGCCCUGAAGACCGACUUUACCAGAACCGGCAAGAGGACUCAGCUGGGACUCCUGAAGGACGGCUGGAACUCGCUGCUCCGGUAUUACAAGAACAACUUUUCUGACGGCUUCCGGCAGGACUCCAUAGACCUGUUCCUUGGGAACUAUUCGGUGGAUGAGUUAGACUCUCACAGUCCCUUAAGUGUCCCGAGGGACUUGAAGUUCCUGGCUCUGCCCAUCAUCAUGGUGGUGGCCUUUUCCAUGUGCAUUAUCUGUCUGCUGAUGGCCGGUGACACCUGGACAGAAACGCUGGCCUACGUGCUCUUCUGGGGAGUCUCGAGCUUCGGCACCUUCUUCAUCAUCCUGUACAACGGCAAGGAUUUCGUUGACGCCCCCCGGCUGGUCCAGAAGGAGAAGAUAGACUGAGUCUGUGUCUGUGGAAAGCGGCUCGGCUCGGAAGACUCCGCCGUGCAGAGCUGGAGUCUUUACUGACCCGCUUUCCACAGCAGCCGGGGCCGCGCACGGCCGUGGCCCGGAGCACGCUGGGGCUCUGUCCACGUGGGUGGCAGCGCCACGUCCUUCCGUCCGGCGUCACUGUCCCGGCGACCUCCUCCUCACCGUCGGGACCGUCACGCCGCCAAGAGCUUCAGCUGUUCCGCGGUGCAGAUGCGACCUGAGUUCAGCUCACAGGACGGAAGGAACCUGCUCAUCGUCCGUUUAAUCAGCUCUUGCAGAAUUAGUGAUAUUUAAAAAUCCAGCUUCUUUCACGACUUAAAACAGUGAAAUUAUUUUUCUAGCUCGGUUUCAUCUUUGCCAUCACGGAAGCAGUGGCCGUCGGCAAGCAUACUUCCCCGCACCUCUCUGGACUUCCCUAAAAAGUGUAAUAAUAAGCUAACUCCGCUCUGUGUACAAGAUGUAAGUCUUUUACAUUCACCGAGGAGUUGGGCAAAACAGACUGUGGCUUUGUGGCGGGCGGGGCGGGGGGCCGUGUUCUUGGGAGUUUCAGUCCGGCUGCCUUCCGAGGGGCAGCCCAGUGUGAGUGUGGUGAAGAAGUUCAGGUAUUCUCUCUCUUUUCUAAAGGUGUAAAUGAAAUCAAAGGAUGUAAAGUCUCUCUCUUAUGCUAAUGGUCCAAAGCCGGCUCUCUGUAAGGACUGCCCCGGUGUGUAAAGCACCCUCGGUUGGCCCGCCACUUCCUCCCGGGCACUCUGGUUUCCCUGGGGCCCUCCGUGGGGACGCAGGGCCCCCGAGGGGCUCUGUGCCGGGGCGGCAGUGACGCCGAGGCUGCAGCCGCAUCCCCACGGAGGGCAUCUCGGAGUUGCCGGCCUGUGCCGGGCUUCUGCGCGCCACCAGUGGGCGCGUCCGAACCCAGUGCGCUCUGGUGGGGUGUGGCUCUCCAAUCAGGGACCAGCGUCAGCGUGAAUUUACGUGAACAAACCAACCUGGAAACACGCUUCAGCAGCUGUGCGUAGGCCUGAGUCGGGCUGUACACUCAAACUGUAAUUAUGAGGUUUAAAUAUGAGAAGAGUCUGUGAGGUAGUGUCAUUGCCACUGUUUUAAAACAGUUCGGUUAAGUACUGCUACAGUAUUUGUGUUGUGCUUGAAAAUAUGUACAGUUUUCAAUAGCAAUCUUGUUUUCCUUAAACAUCUUUAAAAGCACCCUUAUUUCAACAUUACCUUUUUUUUCAUCAUUAUCUUUUGUAAACAUUAAAAAGAAGUGUUGCUUUUAGAAACUCUAAAGGCAGUAAUAGCUGGAAAACCUUCUGUAGCUUAAAUCAGUCAUUAAAACUCGCACUAGGGUAAGUAAUUAGAACUACCUGUCCCUAACGUGUAAAUAGGCAGAAUUUGUCCCAAAGACGAAACGCCGAGAAUCGGCCCCUGCCCGCUGCAGCGAGUCUCUCUGACGCCGCCGGUGGGCCGGCUCUGCCGUGGGGGCGGGAGGGGGGGGGCCGAUGCCGGCAUGGUGGGCCACACCCUGCCGUGCUCUGUUCUGAACUCACGUACUGUAUAUCCGUAAGUGGAAAUAAAAUGUCAUAUUUUCUAACCAC